AGGGUUUUCGGUAAGACACGAUCAUGCCCACUACGGAAACCGUGAGCCGAAUGCAGGCCACCGACCAGCAAAGACAUCUGCAGAUCGCCAACCAGCAGACCGAUCCGCUGGCUAGUUUCCCAAAAUUCUGUUCCUACGAAUGGACACAUGAGGGAAUUCACAAGCAGGUGCUAUUGCAGUGCAAACCCAAGAAAAAGGUUGAUCCAGCCACGCUCAAGUGGGCCUUCAAACUUGCCGAACGUAAUGUGGGGCCACAGUACCGGGAGUGCAGUUUGGGCUGGCAGCCAAAAAUAAAGCAAGCAGAUCUGAACAAACCUUGGGCACGGUAUCUGAUCGCAACAGACCAGGCAACAAGGACGCUGGCGGGAUAUACGAUGUUCCGGUUCGAUUUGGACUACGGUCGCUGUGUAACUUACUGCUACGAGCUACAGAUUGUGCCCGAGUAUCAACGCCAGGGACUGGGUGCCUUCAUGAUGAAAGCGUUGGAGCAGAUGGCUCAACACUUUUCCAUGGAACGGGUAGUUUUGACCGUGCUGAAAAACAACGAAGAUGGAAUUCGGUUUUACAAGCGAUUGGGCUACGAGGUCGAUGAAACAUCGCCCGACAAGGAAGAAAACGCUGCCUACGAAAUUAUGAGUAAAUCAGUACUAUGAAUAGUACCAACGGACUGAAACUGCGUAAAAUAA